AUGGCUAUUUGUGAUCAAUCAAUGAUGAACAUCAAGUAUUUAAUGCUUCCAAGCAUUUUCACACUUCCUUUUCCAACAUAUCAAAAAAUUCCUGAAAUCAUUCAUCAAUCAAUCCAAAUACCAUCUUCUGAUGAUGAAUCAACAACCAGGAAUGAUGUAGAGCAACCACAUAAGAUAUCUGUAAAAGGAUCCUGGUCUCAGGAAGAAGAUGCCUUACUCAAGAAAGCAGUUCUUAGUCAAUCACCAAUUCUUUGGGAUAUUGUUGCCGAACAAGUUCCAGGAAGAACUGCAAUACAGUGUAAAAAACGUUGGCUCUAUAGGUUACAUCCAGAAGUUAAGAAGACACGCUUUGAGAAGUGGGAAGAUGACUUGAUCAUUGCCGAAAGAAAGAAACAUGGCAAUCAUUGGACAUUAAUAGCUACAAAACUUCCUGGCCGUACAUCAUGCGCUGUUAAGAAUCGAUGGUAUUCAGUACUUAGAAAUAGAAAUUGA